GGCUGUGAAAUUUCCUAUAGUGGUAUCGAGCCUUCAUGCUUCCGACCAAACAUGCUGCUAAUCCAGGGCUUAUUUUCUCCCAUUCUUCUCUCAACACGACACUCAACUUUUCAAUAUUUCUUAUCUCACUUCUUCUUUCCUUGACAAGAUUACCCAAAGCGGCCCAAACAUGCUCUAUCGGAUUCAAAUCAGGGCUUUGUGCGGGCCAGUACUCAGCGCCCCUGGUCUGGUGGACUUCCUUCCAUCAUUGAACAUAGCCGCCAAUUGUGGCAGCUAGAUCCAUCCUCUUGGAAUAUAAAGUCUCUAUCCUCUUUCUAGCAGAGUUGUGCGAUCCAAGGUGAAAGCUUUGGGCUAAAACAUUUAUAUAUUUGUCUUGAUCAACUGUGCCGUUAAC